UUAAAAAUCUCCAAUCGGUGCUCCGCAUUCAUCUGCAUAAUUUUCCUGUUUCUGGAGAAGACGACCCUGGAAUUUUCCUCAUGGCUUACGUCGAAGGAGGCAUUGUGAAAUCACAGCGAUCAAUAUGGCGACUGAGAACCAUCCCCGAUUUUUUCUGGGCGAUCAUCAAUUUCAUUGGAGUGUUCUUCUCAACCAUGUUCUCGAUGGAAAAGUCGGAUGCCUAUAGAAAAGGUAUUGGUUCAAGCAAGAAAUGGGAUGGUGGUCCAGGUGGACCUGGAAGUGGACCAUAUGGUGGCGGCGGCGGCGGUCCACGACGACCACCACGUGGACUAGACAAUGUUCGGGGGAUUGACCAUAGUUCCCUUCCUGCCUGUGGUUCUUGCUGCGGUGGCUAAAUGCAGCAGCGUAUUCCUUGUGCAUACACGGUUAUUAUCUGAUGACCUCUUAUUUUGAGUAAGUACAUUCUAAAUUUCUAAUGUUAAUAGAUUGCCUGGGAAACAGAUAAUUCUAAACCUCUAUAUACCAGUGAUGCUUGUAUGUACUUUCAAACUUAUUGGAAUAAUUCAUGUUU